AUGAAACGAAGCCAUCUCUUGAACGCCUUCAAUCAUAAUCAGCAACUACGAAGACCCCUUGAUUUCCUCUCUAGAACUUUAUCUACUUUUCCUUCACAAUUACCCUCAAACAAUUGUAACCAUCACCACCAUCUAAUCACCCUCAUCUCUAUCCGUAAAACCCUAAAACAUAUUUUCCAAAUCCACACGCAAUUAAUAGUCUCAGGUUUCACGCAAGACAAUUUCACAAACAGCCGUCUCAUUGAAUCUUACACUUUAUUCAAAAAAAUCAAUCUUGCUCGAUUAGUUUUCAAUGUUACACCAAACCCAAGUGCUGUCUUAUGGAAUUCGAUGAUUAAAGCUCAUAUAAGAUCAAUGCAGCAUCAAGAAGCAAUCGUUAUGUACAAUAAAAUGACAAACAACGAUUCUUUUGAAGUACAACCAGACAAGUAUACUUACACAUUUGUACUAAAAGCUUGUACUCAGCUUUUGGACAUUGAAAAGGGUAUUUCGCUUCACGAAGAGAUCAUUAAGAAAGGAUUGGAAUCUGAUGUUUUCAUAGGGACUGGACUUAUCGAUAUGUACUGUAAAUGUGGGCAUUUGGUUCACGCACGUGAAGUGUUUGAUAAAAUACCUAAGAAAGACAUAGUGGUCUGGAAUGCGAUGGUAUCUGGGUUAUCACAAAGUACGGAUUUUACUCAGGCAAUUGAAAUUUUCCAGAGUAUGCAACUGCGAGAUGGAGUGGAGCCAAAUAGCGUUACCCUGUUGAAUUUAUUUCCAGCAAUUCAUAAGUUCUCUAGCGUUAGAUUCUGCAAAUGUAUUCAUGGAUAUGUAAUUAAAAGAAAAUUUCCAAACACAGUUAUGAACGGAUUGAUCGAUGUCUACUCCAAGUGCAAAAGAACAGACAUCGCCUUCCAGAUAUUUAACCUAAUGCAAGAACCAGAUGACGUUUCAUGGGGUACACUAAUGGCAGGAUUUUCACAUAACGGGUGUCACUACGAAGUCCUGGAAUUAUUCGAUCAAAUGAAGAACAAUCAUCUAAACAUAAAUAUCGUAUCAGUUGUAAGCGCUUUAUCAGCAGCUGGUGAAACAAAAGAUUUAGAAAAAGGAAAAAUAAUCCACGAAUGUGUGAAGAAAAACAAAUUUGAUUAUGAUAUCCGUGUAUCCACUCCUCUCAUCACAAUGUACGCAAAGUGUGGUGAGUUAAAAAAGGCUCAAGAUUUAUUCAGUAACCUUUCUGGAAAAGAUAUGGUUGCUUGGUCUGCAGUGAUUGCAGCUUUUACCCAAUCUGGUUACCAUGAAGAAGCCCUUUCUUUAUUUCGUGAUAUGCAGUUUGAUUUUAAACCAAGUAUGGUAACCAUAGUUGGUGUUCUUCCAGCUUGUGGAGAGUUAUCAUCCAAGAAACUAGGAAAGAGUCUCCAUAGCUACACCAUUAAACACAACAUCGAUUCAGAUACUUCAAUAGAAACUUCCCUAGUUGCAAUGUAUGCUAAAUGUGACGAUUUUAAUUCAGCAAUCACUGUUUUUGAGAGAAUGUUGCAUAAAGAAGUAGUCGCAUGGAAUGCUUUGAUCAAUCGGUAUGCACAGAUUGGUGAGACUGAUCUUGCAGUCACUAUGUUUUGCAGAUUACAGUCAUCAUCAGAUUUGCAUCCUGAUAGUGGGACCAUGGUGGGUGUGGUUUUGGUAGCAGCCUUUUUAGGUGAUAUAAAUCUUGGAAGUAACAUUCAUGGGUUAGUUAUGAAAUACGGGUUUGAAUCAGAUUGUCAUGUUAAUAAUGCUCUUAUAGACAUGUAUGCAAAAAGUCAAAGCCUUGUAUCAGCUGAAUUGUUGUUCUGUAUGACAAAAAUUAAAGAUGGGGUGCUAUGGAAUGUAAUGAUUGGAGCAUAUCUGCGACAUGGGUAUCUUCAAGAAUCCAUUUUAACAUUUCGCCAAAUGAAAUCAGAAGGUUUUAAGCCUAGUGUAGUCACAUUUGUAAGCAUACUUCCUGUAGUAUCCAGUUUGGCAGCCAUUAAAGAAGGUGCAUCUUUGCAUGCUGACAUCAUCCGUACAGGUUUUCUUUCUCAUACACCUGUCAUGAACAGUCUUAUUGACAUGUAUUCAAAAUGUGGGCGUGUUGAUUACUCAGAGAUUGUUUUUGAUGAAAUCAAGAAUAAAGAUACGGUUUCUUGGAAUGUAAUGCUGGCAGGAUACGCGAUAAAUGGGCAUGGGGAUCUUGCGUUUGGUUUCUUUUUGUUUAUGGAAAAUAAUAAUGUCGAAAUCGACCCUGUGUCUUUUCUCAGCGUCUUGUCGGGUUGUAGACAUGCGGGGUUAGUUGAGGAGGGCAAAAAGGUCUUUUGUUCGAUGAAGGAAAAACAUGGUAUUGAACCGAAGUUGGAACAUUAUGCUUGUAUGGUGGAUUUGUUGGGAAGGGCGGGGUUGUUUGAUGAGACUUUGGGGUUAAUUAAGUCGAUGCCUAUGGAAGCUGAUGCUGGAGUUUGGGGGGGUUUAUUGGGUGCAUGUCAGAUGCAUUGUAAUGUGAAGGUGGCUGAGUUGGCAUUGGAGAAUCUUGUGAAAUUAGAGCCAAGAAAUCAAGCUCAUUAUGUGGUGUUAUCAGGGAUUUAUGCAGAAUCUGGGAGAUGGGGGGAUGCUAGAAAUUUGAGGAUGAAGAUGAUUGAAAUGGGGAUUAAGAAGACUCCGGGGUGUAGUUGGGUUAAUGAAAACCAGGUUCAAUUUAAUCAGUAG